AUUAGUCUACUGGUAGAGAACAGUAAAAGAGAGAGUAAAAGAGUAAAGUUUUUCGUCGAGAUGGCGUAACAGUCAAUAUUGCCGGUAGCCCUGCGCAAAACGCCUAUAUAAAAGUAAAAGCGUGCGCUGUUGGUAGAUGGAGCCCUGAGACGCUGAUACAUUGAUCCUGUGGAAAACUGUAAAGUUAUUUCGCUACGCCUAGGAAAAAUGGAGGAAAAUAAGGUCAUUGUGGCAGUGGACGCUAGUGCCCAUUCGAAGAACGCUGUCGAAUACUACGCUAGACACGUACAUAAACCUGGCUACAAAAUCUAUAUGCUACACUGUAUCGAGGUGCCAACUGACAUAACUUCGGCACAGAAACAAUUUAUGACUCCGGCUUCGGUCGAGAAUCUUUACAAAGAAGAGAAGGAAAAGACCAAGACACUCGACGAUCAACUCAAAAACUUGUUAAUUGAUUGCAAGGUACCGGAAGGGGACAUAAAAUUUAUCGAUAAGUGCGGUCUUAAGCCGGGAGAAAUAAUAGUUUCGGCGGCAAAGGAAUAUAACGCUACCAUGAUAGCUAUGGGCACACGUGGUAUGGGUAAGAUUAGAAGAACGAUCUUAGGAUCGGUUAGCGAUUACGUUGUUCACCACGCUCAUUGCCCUGUUUUGGUUUGUCGUUACGCUGACAAGGUGAAUUGA